AGCAGCAGAGCAGCGGGGAAGCCACUAGUGGAAGAGCUGGCAAAGACGGAAAAGAGGGGAAAGACAGACAGGAGGCAGAGCUGGAAACGGAAAGACAGGCACAAAACACGGAGAGACACCCCGAAAGACAGUUCUUCUCCUCGGCUGACAGCCGGUUACGUUACGAGGCGUCACUUUGAGCUGUGACAGAUGCAAAAUAACUAAAGAGAAGAUGUGACUGGCCUUUUUUUUCUCUUUACCCACACAGAGCUUCUUUCACAGCCGAGGGUCAACACAGCCGCAGCGAUCACAUUAUCCCAGGCAUUGUGGAUCAUCUUGCUUCCUUUAUCUACUGGGAUUCUCUGCUGAUUACCACUUUGUAACAGAGCACAUGGAUUAUGAGGAGGUUGGAAAGGCCUUGAUCACAGCUAUGUCACCACUGACAGAUUUCAAGUAAAGAGGAGCUACAGUAGAAGAUUGACAGGAAUCUGAUCCUUUACAGGUUGUUUUGGGGACACAUUUGUUCCUUUUUCUGAUUGGUGUAAUUUUUAGCAUGUAUUUUUAAUUAACUAGUUAUUUGACCCAGAGAGCUUUCCGUAUAGCACACACCUGUCAUUGUUUCACCAUGUACGGUAGUUCCCGAUCUGUCUCAAAGCUGGACGUUGUUGGAUCCAAUGGUAACGGGUCAGCGUCAGGGAGUCCUGGCCGCUCACCUCGCCUCCCUCACUCCCCACGUUUAGGACACCGGCGUAACAGCAGCAGCAGCUCCACUGGUGGGCUCACUGGUACUGGUAAAACUCUAUCCAUGGAGAAUAUCCAGUCCCUGAAUGCUGCCUAUGCAACUGGUGGGCCUAUGUACUUCACUGACACAGCUGAAGACCUGAUCGGCAUUGGGAGUCUGGGCAGUGGAUUGAAUCCCACUGCACCAAAAAGCACCAUGACCCUGGGCAGGGCGGGGGCCAGGGUUCCUUAUGGGGUCAGAGCGGCUGUCAUGGGGAGCAGUCCUAAUAUAAACACUGGAGGAGGAGUGGGGAGCAGCGGAGCCGUCAUGCCCAGCGAUGCAAUAGCGUUUGGAGGAGAACUGCAAAACCAGCCUCCACAGGCAGCUACUGUGCCCCACUCCAUGAGACAGGUGAGAGACGGUGCUAUGUCAGACCUUCAGACACAGUUAAGAGAAGUACUCAGAGAAAAUGAGCUGCUGCGCAGAGAGCUGGAGGCUAAAGAGUCGAAGUUAGGCUCGUCUAUGAACUCCAUUAAGACGUUUUGGAGUCCUGAGCUGAAGAAAGAGAGAGCUCUCAGGAAGGAUGAAGCCACAAAGAUGGCCGUCUGGAAGGAACAGUACAGAGUGGUGCAGGAGGAAACACAGCAUCUCCAGUGUACCAUCCAAGCUUUGCAAGAUGAGCUUAGAAUCCAGCGCGAUCUCAACCAGCUCUUCCAAUCCGAUUAUUCAGAGUCUGGUCGCCUUGGAAACCAGUCCAUUCCCCCUCAAGAGAUGACAGAAGACAACUUCCUGCGUCUCCAUGGCGAGUAUGAGCGACAGGUCAAAGAGCUCUUCCUCCUGAGAAAGACUGUAGAAGAAAUGGAGCUGAGGAUAGACACACAGAAACACACAUUAACUGCCAGGGACGAAUCAAUAAAGAAGUUACUGGAAAUGUUGCAAAGUAAGGGUCUGUCGUCAAGGGCAACUGAGGAGGACCACGAAAGAACGAGGCGGCUAGCUGAUGCAGAGAUGACCAUCCACCAGUUGGAAGGCCUGCUGGAGCAAAAAGACAAGGAGAUGCUUCAACUCAGAGAGGAGCUGCACAGGAGAUACGAAGCAGCUCCAGAGUCAACAAAGACCAAGGCCCUGCAGACAGUCAUCGAAAUGAAGGAUGCAAAGAUCAGCUCUAUGGAGCGCGGCUUGAGAGAGCUGGAAGAGGAGGUGAUGAUGCUCAAGUCCAACGGUGCUCUGAGCAGUGAGGAGAGGGAAGAGGAGAUCAAACAGAUGGAGGUCUACAGAUCCCACUCCAAGUUCAUGAAGAACAAGGUUGAACAGCUGAAAGAGGAGCUAACUCACAGCCAGUCAGAGAAGGAGGAGCUAAAGCAACGAGCCAAUGAGCUUCAGCAGGAGGUGUCUGCAAUGGAACAGGCAAAGCAGGAGCUGAGUCGUAAAGACAGCGAGUUGCUGGCUCUCAGGACCAAACUGGACACUCUAAACAAUCAAUUUUCUGACAGUAAACAACAUGUGGACGUACUCAAGGAGUCACUCACUGCCAAGGAGCAGAGAGCCGCCAUACUACAGACUGAGGUGGAUGCUUUGCGUCUCCGUCUGGAAGAAAAGGAGUCUCUUCUUUCUAAAAAGAGUCAGCAGAUGUCAGAGUUGACAGAGGAGAAAAGCACUCAGCAAGGAGAGAUCGCUGAUCUGAAGGACAUGCUGGACGUAAAGGAACGGAAAGUAAACGUUCUGCAGAAGAAGAUUGAGAACCUCCAGGAUCAGCUGAGGGAUAAGGAGAAACAGCUGAGCGGCCUGAAAGACAGAGUCAAGUCUUUGCAGACAGACACCUCUAACACAGACACUGCACUGGGAACACUGGAAGAGGCUCUGGCCGAAAAGGAGCGAAUCAUUGAGCGGCUGAAGGAGCAGCGAGAAAGGGAGGAAAGAGAAAAGGGAGAUGAAAUGGAGUCCAGCAAGAAGGAGCUAAAAGAGUUAAGGGAGAAGGUCUCCCAGCUGCAGGCUGACCUGGCUGACCGUGAGACGUCUGUGUUGGAUCUGAAAGAGAAGGCUUCCUCUCUGGCCUCAUCGACUUUGAAGAAAGACAACAGGCUGAAAAGUCUGGAAAUCAGCCUGGAGCAGAAGAGGGAGGAGUGCAUCAAACUGGAGAACCAACUCAAAAAGGCUCAGAAUGCAGCAGCGGAGUCCCUAGCCAACACCGAGCUCUCUGAACGCAUCUCCUGCCUGGAGCAGGAAGUGACCCAGCACAGAGAGGAUGCUGGGAAGGCCCAAUCAGAGGUGGAACGACUUCUGGACAUCCUUAGGGAGAUGGAGAAUGAAAAGAACGACAAGGAGAAAAAGAUCCACGAACUGGAGAGAAAUCCUUCAGCUGCUCAUCUGUGGCAUUCUCAGCAGUCACGAAAACAGGCUCCUCCCCCUGCUGCCCCUCAGCAGCCUAUGGGGGGGCUGGUGUGGGACUACCUGGGCACUCUUGCCUCAAGACAGAUGAAGGACCAGUCAAAGAAGGUGGCCAACCUGAAGCACAAGGAGCAGCUGGAAAAAAGCAGGAACGCACAGCUGAUGGAGGAGGCCAAGAAGAGGGAGGACAAUCUAAACGAAAGCUCCCAGCAGAUUAAGGACUCCCUCCGUCAGAAAGAGGAGCGCAUUGAGGAGCUGGAGGAGGCGUUGAGGGAAAGCGUUCAGAUCACAGCAGAAAGGGAGGUGGUGCUGGCCCAGGAGGAGCAGGCACGAACACAAUCUGAGAAACAGGUGGAGGACCUCCUGGUAGCCAUGGAGAAGGUGAAACAGGAACUGGAGGUGAUGAAAGCCAAGCUGUCAUCAACUCAGCUCUCACUGGCCGAGAAGGAAGGUCACCUGACUGCCCUGAGAGCAGAGAGGCGGAAGCACCUGGAAGAGGUCCUGGAGAUGAAGCAAGAAGCGCUGCUGGCUGCCAUAAGUGAGAAAGACGCCAACAUCGCCCUGCUGGAGCUCUCUUCAUCCAAAAAGAAGAAAACCCAGGAAGAGGUGGCAGCUCUGAAGAGGGAGAAGGAUAGUCUGGUUCAGCAGCUCAAACAGCAGACACAGAACAGGAUGAAGCUGAUGGCGGACAACUAUGAGGACGACCAUCUGAAGGUGGCAUCUCCAAACUCAGAGCAACCUAACAAUCACAAGCCCUCCCCAGAUCAGAUUCUCUCUCCUCUCCUGGAUCUCAAUCAAAAUCGCAAUAAACUGAAGCUAUACAUCAGUCACCUGACCUCGCUGUGUCAGGAGCGAGACCCAAUCAUAUUGCAGGACUUCGCCCCGCCCCCUGCUUAUCAUCGCUCUGACUCCGCCUCCUGGUCUACGCAGCUGCACAGCAUGACGCAAGAACAGCUGGAGGCAGAGUUGGCAUUGUGUGAAAGGGAGGGGGCGGAGCUCCAGGAAUAUGCCAAUCAGGUCCUGCAGCAGAUCGCCGACCGAUGUCCUGACAUUUUGGAACAAGUCGUCAACGCCUUGGAGGACAGCUGCUGACAAACCGACGCACACACACUGACUGAUGAGCUUACAUGAGCUUAGCAUGCAAAAAACACUUAACUCAGUCUCAUGCACACACACCCAAAGGUCUACAGCUAGCCUCCACAUCCCCCGGAUACACUUACAAAAUCAAAGAGAGACACAUCACCGUCUGUUUUGUUACCUCCUCUUCAGCCCUUUCUCAUUUAACAAAAAAACUAAAUCCUCCACAGUGUUUAUCAUUU